AUGUCUGUUCGAUACGGCUCAAGCAAGCAGUACUCUUCCUCCCGGAGUGGAGGAGGAGGAGGGUCAUCCCUCAGAAUUUCCACCACCAAAAGCUCCAGUGGUGGAGGAUACAGCUCAGGAGGAGGGUUCAGUUGUGGCUCUUUUAGCCGGGGGAGCUCUAGUGGGGGCUGCUUUGGGGGCUCAUCAGGUGGCUACGGAGGAGGAAUGGGAGGAGGACUAGGAGGAGGCUUAGGUGGAGGCAGCUUCGGUGGGGGCUAUGGAUGUAGCAGCUUAGGUGGGGGCUACGGAGGAGGAGGCAGCUUCGGUGGGGGCAGCUUCGGUGGGGGUAGCUUCGGUGGGGGCUAUGGAGGAGGAGGCAGCUUCGGUGGAGGCAGCUUCGGUGGGGGCAGCUAUGGAGGUGGUUUUGGUGGUGGAUUUGGAGGAGAUGGUGGCCUUCUCUCCGGAAAUGAAAAGGUAACCAUGCAGAAUCUGAAUGACCGCCUGGCUUCCUACUUGGACAAAGUCCGGGCUCUGGAAGACUCAAACUAUGAGCUAGAAGGCAAAAUCAAGGAGUGGUAUGAAAAGCAUGGCAACUCAGGCCAGCGAGAGCCUCGUGACUACAGCAAAUACUACAAGACCAUCGAAGACCUUAAAAAUCAGAUCCUCAACCUGACCACUGACAAUGCUGGUGUCCUGCUCCAAAUCGACAAUGCCAGGCUGGCCGCGGAUGACUUCAGAAUGAAAUAUGAGAACGAGGUCGCCUUACGCCAGAGCGUGGAGGCCGAUAUCAACGGCCUGCGCAGAGUGUUGGACGAGCUGACCCUGACCAAGGCCGACUUGGAGAUGCAGAUUGAGAGCCUGACUGAAGAGUUGGCCUACCUGAAGAAGAACCACGAAGAGGAAAUGAAAGACCUUCAGAAUGUAUCCACUGGUGACGUGAAUGUGGAAAUGAAUGCUGCCCCAGGUGUCGAUCUGACCGAACUUCUGAAUAACAUGAGAAGCCAAUACGAACAACUUGCUGAACAAAACCGCAAAGAUGCGGAAGCCUGGUUUAAUGAAAAGAGCAAGGAACUGACUACAGAAAUUGACAGUAACAUUGAACAAAUGUCCAGCUACAAAUCUGAGAUUACCGAAUUAAGACGCAGUGUUCAAGCUUUGGAAAUCGAACUACAGUCUCAACUAGCCCUGAAACAGUCCCUGGAAGCUUCCUUGGCAGAAACAGAAGGUCGUUACUGCGUGCAGCUCUCACAGAUUCAAGGCCAGAUCAGUUCUCUGGAGGAACAACUUCAACAGAUUCGAGCUGAAACCGAGUGCCAAAAUACCGAGUACCAACAGCUCCUGGAUAUUAAAAUCCGACUGGAGAAUGAAAUUCAAACCUACCGCAGCCUCCUAGAAGGAGAGGGAAGUAGUUCCGGUGGUGGCUCCUAUGGCGGUGGACGAGGCGGUGGCCGCGGCGGCGGAAGUUCCGGCGGCGGCAGCGGCGGCUCUUACGGCGGCGGCAGUUCCGGCGGCGGCAGCGGCGGCGGCUCUUACGGCGGCGGAAGUUCCGGCGGUGGCGGCAGCUACGGCGGCGGCAGCUCUAGCGGCGGCGGUUCUGGCGGUGGCCAGGGCGGAAGUGGAGGCUACAAGACUUCCUCUUCCUCCUCCGGUGGUGGAGAGUCCUCUUCAAAAGGACCAAGGUCAGCCGAAACUAGCUGGGAUACUAACAAGGCCAGAGUAAUCAAGACAAUUAUUGAAGAAGUGACACCUGAUGGUAGAGUCCUUUCGUCUAUGGUUGAAUCAGAAACCAAGAAACAUUACUAUUAA